AUUCUUGGGGGUUCUUGACGAAGGAAGAUAACGGACAGUGGGCACCCAUUGUCCUCUUGUUCCUGGCUUGAUGGAAAAGGAGUAUGGCCAAGUUAGUGUUGCUGAAGGAGAACUUGGGCAGGAAGCAACUGGCGAUGCUGGAAUUGGAGAGGAAGCUAAUGAAGUUAUUCCCCUAAGAAAGUCAGUGUUGGGCAAAAGGAAAAGCGUGGCUCAGCCACCCAAAAGUAGAGCGCGUAGAGUUUUUGUUUCACCAACUAACAAGCAAAGCAAGGCCAAACCACCCAUGCCUUCCAAGACAAGAACUACCAAGGGCAAGGAGGUGGGUGACGACUGUGACAGUGAUGAGAGUUCAUGGGGUGACCCAGAUCCCGAGGUGAUUGAGCGGAUCAAGAUAUUGCGACCCAUUCGUGGUGCAGCUUCUAGUGAAGGCUUUGGUCCUAUUCCCAUCCCUGGCAAUGACAAAGUUCCAUCAAAGUCUAAAGAGGCCAAAAAGGUAGAAGCUUUGACACUGAACAUGAAGGAGGCUUUGGCGAAUCCUGAUGUUCGCUGGAAAAUAUUGGCUAGAGAAAUAGGUGAGCCUCCACUUCCUGAUGACAUACUUAGUUUUGUCGACUCUAUCAUUGAUUGGAGUGAUCUUACUUCCUUCAUAGCCAAGUUGGUGAUGAAGGCCAAAGCUAGCGAAGUUUCACUGCAGAAGCCUUUUAUUACCAAGGGAGGUGUGAGGGUGUCAUAUGGCAUCUCAAGCAUGGAAAAAAAGCCUGGAGCAGCAAAGACUCAACCUGAAACAUCAAUACCAAAGCCGCGUCCCAUCAAUGAGUUGCCUCCUUUCUACGCUAGCGAUUUUGAGCUAGUCCUCGGGGGAUUUAUACCGAAUAGGAGAACUGAUGCUAUCACUGAUGAGAAAGGUGUUGAGAAAGGGAAGGUCAUCGAGAAGGGCAAAGAUAUAAGCUUUCAAGGUAGCAUUGACAUGAACAAGCCUACCCUCGAAGAAUUUGAAUUGGAUGUAGGCAACACUACAAAAAAGCCCGUUCCUGAUAAAGGUAAGGUGGUUGCUGACAAACCAUCCAAGAGCUCAGAGAAGAGAAUUGUUGAUACAACCGAGGCUGCUCAAGAAUCUAAAGAUAUGAAUGAGGAUAGAGAUGUGUCAAUGGCUCGAUUCGACUUGGCACCAAUGGGUGGUUCACGAGUAAUGGGUAGAGAUGCCAUUGAUGAUGUCGAGAGCAUAAACUUUGAAGUUGGUGCAAUUCGUACACACUUGUCAAAUUUGGCGAAGGCUUACCUCGGAAAGACUAAGUUUGGCAUGACUAGGAAUGACAUAGUUGAGAGUUUGGAUGAACAGAUUGAGAAACAAGUGAAGCAUAUCAAGGAGAUGGAGAAAUCUCUGGAUGAGAUGAAAGAGCUCGUUGCCAAGCUGGAAGAAGGCCUGGUGUCAGCCAAGGCAUACCUGGGAUCACUCAACCAAGACAAAGAACGUCUGAAUGCCAGUGGUAUAGCCGAGCUUCGCAAGCCUUGUAUUGAGGUUGUUAAGACCUUCGGAGAUGAGCCUAGCCAUUUUCUUCCAUGACGGGCUGUGUUUGUCCCCACUUAUUCUUUAUUCUUUUUCCUUUACAUUGUGUUGACUAUUGGCGGUGUCGCCACGAUGUAACCCUUUAGCUGUAUUUGCUCUAGGUUGAACAUCUUUGCUUCCAGCGAAGUUUGAACCUUGCUUGUUUGUUUAUUUUCUUGCUUGUAUCUUUCCAUUGUUUUGUAUCUGAACAAAUAAGUUUGCAUCAU